AUGUACAUCACUCUCUACUUCAUCGUCACCCGCCUCCCUGACUCUCGUCGCGGAGUCAGGGACCACUUUCUCGCCCUUGACCCCACAGACCUCACUGUCGACCUGCUCGAGAAGCAUCUCCUUGCAGCUGAGACUAGCACUGUAGCUGUAGCUGCUUCUCGUGGCACUCCUCGCACUCCCUUCUUUGAGGGGUGUUCCUGUCCCCCCGUGCCCCUUCUGUCGCUUCUGCUGCUGCUGUUGACUUCCUUCGUGCUGAGGAGGUCGGGGCUGCGUCUGCUCCUAGUGGGAGGCGCCGCAACGGCAAGGGCAAGGGAGGCAAGAGUGGUGGGGGUGGCGGUAGUGGAGGCGGUGGUGGAGGCGGUGGAGGUGGUGGAGGUGGCGGUGGUGGUGGUGGUGGGAGUGGUGGUGGGAGUGGUGGUGGGGGUGGAGGCGUCGGUGGCGGCGGUGGUGGUAGCGGUGGGAGUGGUGGCGGCGGUGGUGGCAGCAGUGGGAGUGGUGGCGGCGGCAGUGGUGGCGGUCGGGGUGGAGCGGUCCAGAGGGGAGGUUCUGGCGGUGGCCAGAGGCGGCAGCAGCAGCAUCCUCGCGAGACCCUUACGCCCCAGCAGCUUCGUGAUCGGGCUGAUUAGACAUGCGGGAAGGUUGGUCUCCUGUCUUGACGACGCCUGGCGCGCAGAGUUUGGCGACGAGGCUGAGCUCUACUGCUGGCUAGAGCUACUUAGGAACAAUGUGGGUAUCUUUGCUCUUGACUAUGACGCUAUCCUUGCUGGCAUGUAUGCUUUGACUGUUAGUGCUGAGGGUGACUGUUACCUGUGUGUGCCGCCCGACCCAGGUAUAGAGGCUGCUGCUCUAGUCAUGGAGGUGGCUCGUACCUCCAUGAUCCAUGCGGCUGCUCCCCAUUUUCUGUGGCCGUUUGCGGUCCGGUACGCUGCACAUCAGCUCAACCUCUGGCCCCGUGUCUCCUUGCUGGAGACCUCGCCCACACUGCGUUGGACGGGGGAGGUUGGCGAUGCGUCGGUGUUCCGGGACGUCACGUUUGACGAGUCGGUUCCCUUUUACCAUCUCUUCCUCUACCGCACUGCCCCUCUCCUCCCCCCGCCACUCUUCCUCGCCCCAUGUCCCCCUCCAGUAGACCCCCUCCCCCCUCAGGGUCCUGCUCCUUCAGGUGUGUCUCAGGUAGACCCACUCCCCUUGGCUGAGCCUUUCGAGGUCACUUCCGACACCUCUGGCCCAGCUGAGGGGGGUGACGUUGCUGAUGACGACGCGGCGGCCCCCCGCCGCUCACCACGCUUGGAGACCCCUCCGGGUUUUCCACCUCGACCGUCUUCGCCGCCUCUGCAGCCGGUUGCUGUCGACUCUGGGGGUGGUGCUGCUAGGGGUACUGAGCCUGGGGGUGCGGAGCUUGGGGGUGCUGAGCCUGAGGGUGCGGAGCCUGGGGGUGCUGAGCCUGGGGGUGCUGAGUCUGAGGGUGCUGAGCCUGGGGGUGCUGAUCAUGGGGGUGCUGAGCCUGAGGGUGCUGAGUCUGGGGGUGCUGAGCCUAGGGGUACUGCGUCUGCUGGAGGUCCUACGGUGGCGCUGCUGGAGCUGGAGGCACUGCCGCUGGAGGCACUGCCGCUGGAGGCGCUGGCGCUGGAGGCACUAACGCUGCGGAUACUUGAGCUGGAGGCGCUGGAGCUGGAGGCCCUGGAGCUAGAGGCGCUGACACAGGAGGCGCUGGAGCUGGAGGCGUUGGAGCUGGAGGCGCUGGAGAUACUGGAGCUGGAGGUCCUGGAGCUGCUGGUACUGGAGGUACUGGAGCUAGAGGUACUGGAGCUGGAGGUACUGGAGCUGGAGAGGAGCUACUAG